AUGGCUUCCGAGUUCAUCGGGUAUAAUGUACUCGUGACCUUGCAAGUCCCGCCAGGUGGGAAGCUUCAAGGGCAGGUCGCCAACGUCAUCGGGCAGACUCUACUGCUUAAAAAUGUCACACUCCUGUGGAAUGGCCAGCGCCAUGCCCAAUUUUCGAUCGAUGCCUCCGCCAUCAUUGAUCUGUCACUCGAGUCGACCAAACCAGCUCCGCCGCAGCACCAGCACAUACCACAGGGGCCUCAAGUGAAUGCACCUGCUUCACGUGGACCCCCUCCUCCGCAGUCUUUUGCCGACCCCGCCAUCCUGAGCUUCUCCAAGCCCCCUUCCCAGCUCCCCGCACAGACUCACUUCAUGGAGUCAAAUGUGGCACAGGGUCCAGUCUCUGUUAGCGCAUCCUUGACUGAACCCUUCAGCAACUUGGAACUCAAUACGGCAGCUGCACAAGCUGGAGGCCAUGGACCCUCGCAUGCAAAGGAGCCUCAGGUUGCACAGAGCCUGACGACCCCCACUAAACAGACACCGAAGCGAAACCGACGCGGAAAUGACGAGGGAUUCAUCAAGCAUGGCGCUGCGGCAAGCACAAACCCCAAGAGCAAAGGCUGGCGCCAAACUGCAUUUGUGGAACCUGCCUCCUCAACCAACCAUGGAUCGCCCGAACAUGCAGUCCAGCCAGGCGCAAAGCUCCGCAAGAAGAAGUCGCGCCGUGCUUACGCUGAAGACCCUAGUGGGUGGGCUACGGAGGAUGCAACCGACAUCCAAGAGCUUGGGGAAUUCGAUUUCCAGAGCAACCUGUCCAAGUUCGACAAGCGGCGUGUGUUUGAGGAGAUCCGCAAUGAUGAUACCACGGCCGAUGAGGCUCGCCUGGUCAGCUUCAACCGUCGGCCAAAGCCCGGCACUAACGGUGGAAAAAACCUUCACUGGACGGAGAAUGUGCUUGACAGCCCUCCAAACAGCGACACUGGCGACGAUGUCGACGUUAUUAGUGAUGCCAGACUCAGUAGUGAGAACAUCUCUGGACGUGACCGGUCAAGAGCUUCUGGGCGCAUCCAAACCUCUCGCAAGGGCAGCGCGAUCAUGGCACAGCCAAUGGUGCCUCAAAUCAGCGCGCUCGGCCGCAGCCAGCUUAACACCUCCCGCGCCGCGAGCCCCGACCAAGCCGAUCUUCGGGAUCGCCUAUGCUGUCCCACCGUGAGUCCGUUGCAGACUCUUGAAGUGGAGCAGAUUGCCGUGGCGGAAUUCGGUUUGUCGGAGGACAUUCUCACCGAAAACGCUGGACGGGGCAUCGCAGAAGCCGCAGUUGCUCUGCUUUCUAACGAUGCAGCUGCUCCUACUAUUCUGAUCAUAACCGGUAACCACCGGACCGGAGCAAGAGCGAUUUCUGCUGCCCGCCACCUCCGAAGCCGUGGACACCGUGUCACCGUUUGCCUGCUCGGCCUGGAGCACGAAGAGGAGUUGCUCGAGAAUUGCCGCAAGCAGCUGGAUAUUUUCAGGAAGAUUGGCGGAAGAGUGCUCAAAUGGGAGGACUUGUCAGCUCGUAUCACCACCGCCGACCUGGCUCCUGACUUGGUUAUUGAUGCCCUGUUUGGCAUGCACCUUGCCUUCGAUGACCUGCGGACUGAUGACCAAGGCGUUGCAUUUGAGAUGAUUGCAUGGCUGAACCGUAGCAAUAUCGAGAUUCUCUCUGUCGAUGUUCCGUCCGGGAUGUCGGCUUCUAGCGGAGAGGUUACAAUGGCCGAUGGCGGUCGGCUGUGCGUCAACAGCUCAUCCGUGGUGUGCCUCGGGGCCCCGAAGACCGGAAUCCUCAACGCUCUACUUUCCGGAGAAGGAGAAACCUGGAACCUUACCGUGGCCGACAUUGGUAUCCCGCAGAUCGUCUGGCGCAAGUACGGCACUCGUCGCCGUCACGGUAUCGACUUCGGCAACCGAUGGGUGGUGCCGCUUCGGCUGCAGACGCUGGCCGCAUAA